AUGACUCUUCUACCUGGAGAAAAUUCCGACUAUGACUAUAGUGCCCUGAGCUGUGCUUCAGAUACUUCCUUCAACCACACUUUCUUUCCAGAAACGGAAACCCUUAAGGGAGUCUUUUACCAAAGAGCCAAGCUAAUUCACCCUCAAGAGGAUCUCCUGAAAGGCUUUCACCCUUAUGAUCGGAAGCAUCAUAUUAUUAUAAAUGUAGGGGGCAUUAAGUAUUUGCUCCCAUGGACCACACUUGAUGAAUUCCCAUUGACACGUUUGGGACAACUAAAAUUCUGUAAUAAUUUUGACGACAUUCUAAACAUCUGUGAUGAUUACGAUGUGACAUGUAAUGAAUUCUUUUUCGACCGCAACCCAGGGGCAUUCAGGACAAUCCUGACCUUUUUGCGGGUUGGAAAACUUCGGCUCUUGCGUGAGAUGUGUGCACUGUCUUUCCAAGAGGAGCUGCUCUACUGGGGAAUUGAGGAAGACAACUUGGACUGGUGUUGUAAAAGGAGGUAUCUGCAAAAAAUGGAGGAGUUUACAGAAAUAAAUGAACGGGAGGAUGACCUCAUAGAAAAUGAAACAACAGGUGAAACAGUAGAGGAGACAAAAAUUGGCUUGUGCAUGAAAAAGUUGCAAGACAUGGUGGAAAGGCCCCAGUCUGGCCUCCCUGGAAAGGUGUUUGCUUGUUUGUCUGUUUUAUUUGUAACUAUUACAGCAGUGAACUUAUCCAUCAGCACCAUGCCUGACCUGAGGGAGGAGGAGGAAAAGGGUGAGUGUUCCCAGAUGUGCUACAAUAUUUUCAUUGUGGAGUCUGUCUGUGUGGCAUGGUUUUCCCUGGAGUUCCUGCUCAGAUUCAUCCAGGCAAAGAGCAAGUUUGCAUUUUUGCGGAGACCAUUAACCCUGAUAGACAUAAUAGCCAUUCUGCCAUACUACAUCACUUUGCUAGUAGACACCACUUCAGUGGGCUAUAAAAAGCCCAGCUCUGGGAGCAUCUACCUGGACAAAGUAGGUCUGGUCCUCCGUAUUCUCCGUGCCUUGAGGAUUCUCUACGUCAUGCGGCUGGCCAGGCACUCCCUGGGGCUGCAGACUCUGGGGCUGACCGCUCGCAGGUGCACCCGGGAGUUUGGUCUCUUGCUGCUCUUCCUCUGCGUGGCCAUCGCACUGUUUGCACCGCUCCUGUAUGUCAUUGAGAACGAGAUGGCAGACUCGCAGGAGUUUACCAGCAUCCCCGCGUGCUACUGGUGGGCUGUCAUCACCAUGACCACGGUAGGCUACGGAGAUAUGGUUCCCAGAAGCAUCCCUGGCCAAGUGGUGGCACUAAGCAGCAUACUGAGUGGCAUCCUCCUCAUGGCAUUUCCAGUCACCUCCAUCUUCCACACGUUUUCACGCUCCUACAUUGAGCUAAAGCAAGAACAGGAAAGAAUAAUGUACAGGAGAGCACAGUUCUUAUUAAAAACAAAGUCUCAGAUAAGCAAUGCAUCACAAGGGAGUGAUAUUUUAUUCCCCAGUAUCUCUUCUGAGACUAGGGACAAUGAAUGA